ACCUGCCCUCCCGUCGCCAUUUUUCGGUCUCGUACUCGCACUUCUGGUGGCUCGGGUGAGGGGGGGGACGAGCAGAAAGAAGGGAAAGUAUAAAAUAUAGAUAUCGUUAAGGCGGGAUCCCUCGUGAGCUGUGUGGAAUGCACGCGAGAGCUACAGUAGAACGUACUGGCUCCUGAGAUGCACGCGCAGGAGACAAGCCGCUGCCGUGAAAUAAUUUUUUGUGUGAAGACGUGUUGCGGGCCGCCAUUUUUCUGCUGUGCUGCCUGUAAAGUCUGCUCCGACUCGAGAAAGGGGAUUCAAAAACGCAUUUCCAUGACGUGUGCCUUAUCGUAAGAUCAAGAAGAUACAAACUAACCAUCUCGUUUCCGACCUGCGGCUACUGGCAGCCCUUUUUUUUUCUCCUUCUUCUUGCAGACAUGAGGAUCUAACAGAUGAAAAACUGAGGCCACCUUUUUUCCGUUUUCAUAACUGACACAUUGACUGGAGGAGAUAAAUUAUCAGAAGAGAAGAAAGCGUUGUGUGUUUCUCUCGGAAGGCGGAACGAAAAAGGGAAGCUUCAUUGAUCAUUUGUUGCUUCGGCCUCCGUCGAUGUUCGUCGUAAGUUUUUGGCUUUUUUUUUUUUUUUUUUUUUAACUCAAACACAAUCACUCAGCCAUUGAACUGCUGAACACAGGAACCACAUUAUGCUCCAAAGUUGGAUCAAGCCAGUCGCAGCCUCUCUCUAAAAACGUCAGGUUGUUUUUUUUUUUCUCGCUUGUUAUUUUUGUUUUUGAUUUUUUUUUUUUUUUAAACCUCUCCGGAGCCUGCAGCGUUAGUGCAAAAAAAAAAAAAAAACCCUGUGAGGGCGACGAAUGCCCUGCCCUGCAUCUUCCAAAUCCUCCAAUUUGCUGUGAUUGGCCAAUCCCAACCACUAGCACACACACGAUUUAACUUAUUGUCUGUUUUCUUUUUUCUGUAGACUUGAUAUUAACUUAUUUUUUUUUUGGAAUAGAAAUGUCAACUGCUCGGUUUGAUUCAGCUGAUAGGUCCGCCUGGUAUUUUGGACCAGUGUCACGACAAGAGGCACAGAAUAGGUUACAAGGACAGAGACAUGGCAUGUUUCUUGUUCGAGACUCGUCGACCUGCCCGGGCGACUACGUCCUGUCAGUAUCUGAAAACUCCAAAGUGUCUCACUAUAUCAUCAACUCAUUGCCUAGCAAAAGGUUUAAGAUAGGCGACCAAGAGUUUGAGCACCUCCCUGCUCUCCUGGAGUUCUACAAAAUCCACUACCUGGAUACGACCACGCUGAUAGAGCCAGCCCCCAGGUACCCAAGCACAGUGAGUUGUCCCAUCCAGCCCAUGAGUGCCCCAGAGGAGAACCUGGAGUAUGUGCGGACUCUAUACGACUUCACCGGCAGCGAUGCGGAGGACCUUCCCUUCAAGAAGGGGGAGAUCCUCAUCAUCCUGGAGAAGCCCGAGGAGCAGUGGUGGAGCGCCAAGAGUAAAGAGGGACGCGUUGGGAUGAUCCCUGUGCCCUAUGUGGAGAAAUUGGUACGACCCUCGCCUCACCCCGGCCAGCCUUCCCACGGAUCUCGUAACUCCAACAGUUAUGGGAUCCCCGAGCCCUCCCACGCCCUCGUCCACGCCUACGCCCAGCCCCAGACACCUUCACCAUUGCCCCCUGGCACACCUGGAGCAGUUACCAACCCUCUACCGUCCAUGCAGAACGGCCCUGUCAUGGCAAAGGCUAUCCAGAAACGAGUGCCAUGCGCCUACGACAAAACAGCUCUUGCUCUAGAGGUCGGCGACAUCGUCAAGGUGACACGGAUGAACAUCAACGGUCAGUGGGAGGGAGAGGUGAACGGGCGGCGGGGUCUCUUCCCAUUCACCCAUGUCAAAAUCAUAGAUCCCCAGAAUCCGGAUGAGAGUGACUGACCUAAGAGUUCGACUGGACCCUCUCACCAGUAAUCGACCUGCACCUGAAUGUGCUGGCUGUCUCCACCUUUUCCCGCCAGUGUCAUCACGGUUACGUGCUUGCCUGCUUGGGGCUGUACAAUGAUAGCGACCCCUCUGUUGUUGCCAACCGUUGCAAGGCUUUCUGACUGUUUACAGCUUUGGACAUUGGAUCCAAACUAAAAACCUGACCCCACUUCUCCCAGUUCCCUUUUCCCCAUGUCUUGGUUCCAGGCUGGGCAGUGUUUUUUUUUGUUUUGUUUUUUUUGCAUUAGUGUCCUUUUCAUUUCCAGAUCACUGGGCAUCAGUGUGAGUGUGUAUGUGUGUGUAUGUAUAUGUGUGUCUGUUCACAUUAGAUAUUUACCACAUUACAUCACGACAGGUCUGUUUAUAUAUAUAUUUUUUAAUUUGAUUCUCUGAAUAUUUGUGAUGUUUGAAGUCUUGGGGACUUUAGAACGUGUUGGUGUGUGUUUGUUUCGUUGACGUGAGGAUAUUUGUACGAAGUAGGGAAAAGCGAAUAAUCCCUAUGGACUUGGGAGAGCACUGAGGCAAUGAGGAGCUAACCAGCCAGUCAAAUGUUAUUUCUCCAAAAAAAAAAACAAUCAAGUCACUGUUGUACCUUAACCAUCAAACACAAGCACACAUGCGUACACACACUUAUUGACCGUGAGCUAUUCAGGUUGACAGGUUUUUGACGCGCAUGUGAUGUGUGACUGAGGAAGCAGGAGAGAUGGGUUUGCGGAGGAACGCGCUCAAGUCUGGCUGACGAGACUUAUUUAUCUUUUGUUAAUAAGACACGACAUGGCCAUAUGUGAUUUCAUCUUUUUCUUAUUUGUGCCACAUGAUCAACAAUAGUUUUUUUGUUUGUUUGUUUAUUUGUCUUUUAAUUUGUAAUGGGGUAACUUUGCAUGUCCACUUGGUACCUCUCUUUACUGUCCUUUUAUAUUAUUUUGAAAUAAAAAGGACAUUGCUUAGAGAUUAGCAGGUUUUUAGUGCCAACAGCACCAAGCACUAGAAGAUAUAUGUCAACUUUCUGCAUAGGAGUGCAAAGCUUUGAACAGGUUUUCAAGUCAAAUAGCAAUGGCAGUAACCUUUGGGCAGCACUUCCCACAAGCAUCUGACUACAACGCUUGCUAAAAACGCAGUGUGGGCAGGAGGACUGAAGGCUAUCCACUGAGGUGAGAAACUACACUCUCAGUGGCUUAGGUCUGGAAGAGGGAAUGCCUCAGUAAGCCAAUGAGAUCCCAUCAAUGCCUUUUUCAGAGAGUAAGAUAAAUGCAUCUCUUAGCGCAUGCAAUCCCCUCUCGAAAGUUACGUUUUUUAAUGUGAUGAUGAUACUCUUUGUCAAUUUAGGAUUUCAACCAGCUUUAUUCCUUAAAUACUUUGUCUGUGCACAAUUGUUGUGUCUCUUUAUGCAAACCGACCCUCUCGGAGUAGUGGAAAGCAUCUUUGUUCACACUUUGCUGCAACCAAUUCUAUUUGAUCAGUAGGAGCCGAGGAUUAAACAGUUGUGCAAACAGUGCCGACCCUUAUAUUUCUGCUGUAUAAACGGACGAUUUCACCUCCCCUCGUCUCUCCUAGUGCUUUCCGUUCAAAUCAUUGCUCAGCUGUUCACUCAGAGUAACAUUGUGCAGUUUUUAGUUUAGUUUUUUUUUUUUUUUUUUUUUUUUUUGUUUUUGUAGUUUAUAGUCAGCUAUUAAAUCAAGCAUUUUUGUUAAAAUGAGUGAUGUUAUUAAACAAAAAGUACCUAAGGUGACAUUUACAAAAGGGAAAAAUGCCUGCUGGUUGCCUCUGUGCAUGACCUCUUGGCCGGGGAGAUGGUUCUACCUGGCUAAAUGCUGCUUAAUGUCAUUUAUGUCCUUAUUAAAUAAAGGUUUCUUUUAUUUUGAUCCCUCCUGGUGUGUGCAAACAAACCAGUGCAGGUUUUCCUCAUCAAACUUAAUGAAAUCUACUAAUUAAGCAAUACACCCUGAUUAUUUCCUUUUCUUGAGGUGAACUUGCUUUUCUCAUGCUUCUGAGUUUUGUAAUGGCAUUAACAGUAUUACUGUGCUCUCUUCUCAUAUUCUAGGAAAGCCUGUCUUUUACUUAAGAAUUGAAAAUUGUGCCUUUUAUUUUCUUAUACCAUUUACAUGUGUUAAUAUUUCCCAUGGUUAACACCUGUGCUGGUAUUGACCCUUUAUGUACAGAACAAGUAAAUAAAAUUUACGUCUACUUCUUUAA